ACCUGAUGGUGAUGGCGCUGCCGCCGGCGCCGCAGCCGUUCGAGGACAUGCUGAUCGGCUGCGUCAAGGACAACCCAGAUCCGUGGAUCACCAAGCUGACCUGCGUGGGCGCCAAGCCGGAAGUGCACCUGGACAAGAAGGUGCUGACAUUCGACCGCGUUCUGCUGCUGCGCCAGGAGACUCGCAAGCUGACGCUGACCAACAAGUCGCUGAUCCCGCUCCAGUACCGGAUGGCCGACACAGACCAGCUCGGCGAUGGGUUUGCCUUCAAGCCCAGAGAAGGUACAUUGGCUCCGCUCAGCGUCUCCGAGAUCGAAGUCGAGUUCUCGCCGGUCCGACCAUGCCUUUACCAUAACAAGAAAAUCAAACUGGAGAUCACUGAGCAUGUGGAGGAGCGGGCAGUCGAGGCGGCGUCGGGCGGCACGGCCCGCUCGGGCAGCGAGAACAGCGUGUCUCCGCGCAGCCCGCGCGCCACGCUGGGUGUGCUGCAGUCCGAGACCAUCACAGUGUCGGCCGAGGGCUUCGACGUGGCCGUCGACCUCAUGUUCCCCAAGGGCCUUGCGACUGGAGUGGACUUCGGGACGAUCAAAGUGAAAGAAGAGAGCAAGCAGAGUUUCACCAUAAAGAAUAAAGGAAAAUACGAGAUAUUGUUUAAGGCGUGGCUGGAGGAUCCUGACCCACCGCAGAAGGGUGUGAAGCCCAUCACCCACGGCUUCCACAUCAACCCGGACCGGGGCAUCCUGCACCCGCACGAGCGGCCUCUGGCCAUCCAGAUGGGCUUCACCACGGAGACCGAGAUGUGGAUCAAGGCGAAGCAGAUGCUCCGCGUGCAGAUCUUCGACUUCCACCGUAAAGAGGAGGGCGAGCUAAUCGCUCUGAUUCCGGUCAGCGUCAGCGUGCGCGCGCUCUUCUGCAAAUAUUCAGUAACGCCCAGCGAAGAACUGCAUAUGGGCUAUUUUCCCGUUGCUGUGCGCAAGCUCGGGUUCUUUGUCAUUAAAAAUGACGGGAAGUUUGACUUCAAUUAUCAUAUAAUCAGAAAAAACGUGGAACCGUCUGAGCAGCCAAAGGAAAAAUCGAGAAAGAGCCGGGCGCCGGGCGCCAAGGCCGGCUCGUCGAGCAGCAAGUCCACAAGUCAGGAGGCGAGCGGCGCCAUGUCGGUCGCCUCGGUGGCCCAGACGGAGCGGAAGCCGGCCGCCCGGCAGGCCAGCAAGGCCACACAGGAUGCGAAGGCGAUGAAGCUGGCGGCCGGCAUCUUCAGCCUGCAGCCGGCCAUGGGCACCAUCGCGGUCGGCUCGCAGGCUGUCGUCAACGUGGAGGCCAUAUCCAACGAGUCGCUGGCCGACACGCAGGAGCUGGUGAUCCGCAUCUCGGACGCGGGCGACGGCGUGGGCAUUCCGUUCCGCCUGCUGGCUGUGGUGACGACGGCCAGCAUCCGGGACCGCGACGGCGGCUUCGUCGGCAUCUUCGAGGAGUACUGCGUGGUGGACUCGCUUCGAGACUACCAGCCCGGCAGCAGGCGUCGGGCCGCGCCGCCCGCCGGCGUCUACGGACGCGAGGAGAACCGCUUCCUGCUGGCGCCCACCAUCGUCGGCGACGCCUGCCAGCGUCGCCGUUCAACGUGCGCAACACCAGUAUGGUGCCUGUGGACGUGGUCGUCGUGAUGAAGACGCCCGGGCAAGCUUCCACUAACCGGUCAUCGAAGAACGCAGGCCGAGACGGUCAAGGUGUUCGACGUGAACCCACCGCGAGCGACGAUCGCGGUGCAC